UGCUAGAUCUGGGAACCAAACGAUAUAAGGCUGGCGAUGAGGGAAAAGCACCCACUUUUUUAUGUACAUGAGGAUCUUCAAGAAACAGUGAGGUCUGAGGGAAUCAACAAAGCGAUUCCCUUUUAUGCUCUUUAGGCAAAGGACAGGUGAUCGUGGAGGAAUGACAGAGCAAACAGGUGUCUGGAGUGGGGUACGUGCCAGGGAGCAGCAGGUGAAGACUGUUCCAGCAGGCUCCUGUGGUCAGGCUCGUGACAGCACCAGUGUCCAGUCUCCAGGGAUUAUCCCGUCAUGGUGUAGAGAGGACGCCCUCCCCAGAGAAGCUUGGUGCUCCAAGGAGGAGAGGCCAGUUGCGCCGCAGCACCUCGGGUGGCUUCGUCUGGGGAACUGAGCACUCCUCCUUGGCAGGCAGAUGUGCUGUGUGAAGUGAGGCCUGGGCACACAGAAGGAGACGCAGAGUGGGAGAGCCGAGAGCUGCCUCUGUGGAGAGCCUCAGGCGCUGCUCGGGCUGAUGGGGAAGCAGCCCCAUGGCAGCCAGAGUGAGCAGGGAGGGCGUGAGCAGGCCAGACCCCACAAGCUCUGCUGCGUCUUCCCCACCAGCACCUCUGCAGAGUCCCGGCCGUGUCCUCGUCCAGCGUCCCCUCUGGACAGAGCAGCAGGGCUGUCCUCUGGCCCAGGAAGGGCUGAUACUGAGCGCAGUUUGUAGGUGUGGUCUCAGAGACAGCUCUUCUGUGACUUCCUGAUUGAUUUUUGGUUGUGGACUGCUUCUCACCGUUAAGCUGUCAUCAACAGUUCUUAAAAGCAUGUGCAUGAACUGCCAUUUUUACACACAUCGAACAUGAUUGUCUUAUUUUGCUCAGCUGAUGGGAAAGAUUACAACAUGCACAGCCCACAUGGAGACUUUCAGUCCAGCAGUUGGCUGUUCCAGGUGCUUUGAGUUGCAUGAAUUGCGUGUGUUCCUAUAAAUGUCUGGCUUAUGAAAUCACAGAGGAGCCAAGGUGGCUGUGUGACCACUUGUCACACCUGAGGUCAGGGGUGUUACAAAUGAGUGAAAAGCAAAUUUUAGGUCCUUAAGUCUUUGUUAGGCAACAGCAACGUGGAGUAAAGAAACCCAAUUGUCUAAACAUGGAAGCCAAUGUGCACUUGGGGUGCAGCCGUCAGCCUAGAUACCUUAACAAUUUCAUCAGUUGUCCACUGGAGGAUUUUACAUUGUGUCUGAACUGGAGGGAACGGCCCUCUGCUGCAAACAGGUGCCAGGUCACCCUGCUGCUGGGGCCACAGCCCUCUGAACGCCCGGGCGCUGGAGUCCGCUCUGCUGGCUUCUGCACUGUCAGUCACUUGUCGAAGAGUAGAGCUGCACGGAAGUUUGGAACAGAGUUGUGCAGAGCUUUCAGGGUAGCUUUAUUUAUUUAUUUUUAACUAAAUGAAGCCUAAAAAAUACAUCAGCAGUGCACAUGUCAAUCCUUUUUGGAGACACAACUAGCGUUUGACGAAUUGGAAUAUUUCCCCAGCAAAGGGGUGUUUGGCUGAGCUGCUGUGCUGGUCUCUGUGCACCUUUCCCCCAUCUGCUGACACUUGUGUGGGGUGGGCUUGCAGGGAAACAGGCGUGGGGUCUCCCAGCCUCUUGGCAGUGUAGUCCUUUGCAUGGUCAACCCCAGCAUUGGCAGAUGGGUGACCGCACAUCUGCCCCUUAUGUCCCUUAGAAGUUUUAAUACAGGUUUAAAGGAUCAAUGUGAUGGUUUCUUGCCGGUUGUGUGUCUUCCUUUGAACAAUGUAUGUUAAGAUCUGUUGUACAUUUUAAUUGAAUUAUUUGUAUUUGCCUUGUGAUUGAGUUUUUUGAGUUCCUUUUGUGUUCCACCACACAACCCAGCAAUUCCACUACUCAGUGUUCAUGCAAGGGAACUGGAAUCAGUGUAUCAGUGAGACAGCUGCAUAAAAUAUCUACCACAGCAGUGUUCACAAGAGCCAACAAAUGGAAACAGUCCGACCUCCUAUCAGCUGAUUAGUGGAUAAAGAAACACGGUGUGUACAUACGCAAUGGAAUAGUAUUCAGCCAUAACGAAGGACAGCAUCUUAUCAUUUGAGACAACAUGGAUGGAACUGCCGGGCUGUGUGUGACGUGAGUGGACAGCUGACGUAGCUACUUGUGGAAGAGAAACGCUCCAUAGAUGGUGCAUUUGGCUUCGACCGUUCAAGCCAACAGGGCUGCAGGACAGAGCCAGCAGUGGGGGUAUCUCACAGAAGAAGUGGUCAAUGGUGUUUGGCCCACAGAACGUCAACCUCAGGAUGAGACCCGUGUGCACCCAGGCAUUGGUGGUUGCCACAGCCAUGACGACACCCAGCAAGGCCACGCAGAGCCGGGCUUCUCCCUUCAAGGACAUGAUCCUGUGCUUCUCUGAAGAGGACUGGUCCCUCCUGGACCCCGGCCAGACUGGCUUCUAUGGAGAGUUCAUCAUUGGGGAGGACUGCGGAGUCUCCGUGACCCCAAAUGACCCAGCCGCCCUGCCGGGCCCCUUCCAGGGAGAGGAGCGCGAGCUGCUGCCAGAGCUACUGGAGCUGCAGGGGAAGGAAGCACCCCAGGCCUCCCCGACUGACCUCCCAGCCCUCCAGCUGUUCGAGGUGGAAGAAAGAAGGAAACGGGAUGAGCUGCAGGUGCUGGAGUCCCAGGCCUUCCAGCAAAUGGCGCUCCCUCCAAGCACCCAGCCAGCUGGAGGCGGCCCACAGAUCCUGGAGAACGGCCUGCAGGAGGAGGAGGAGGAGGUGACCAUCGAGAUCGUGUUGUCCAGCUCUGGGGACGAGGACUCCCAGCACAGCCCCCAUGGGCCGCAGCCCUGCCAGGGCAGUGAGGAGAUGGCAGGCGAGGUGCCCGCCUCCAGGAAAGCCUACGUGUGCCCCGCGUGUGGGAAGGCCUUCUGCUGGAGGGUCAACUUUGUACGGCACCUGCGUAGCCGCUGGGACCGGGAGAAGCCACACGUGUGCCCUGUGUGUGGGAAGCUGUUCAGUGAAGGCGAGGACCUGGACGGCCACCUGGAGGCCCACGAGGCCCAGAAGCCCUACAGGUGCGGCUCCUGUGAGAGGAGCUUCCGCCUCAACUCCCACCUGCUCUCCCACCGGCGGAUCCACCGGCAGCCCAGCAGACUGGAGCCGGAGAAGCAGAGCGAGGAGGGACUGGGCUUCCAGCGCCGGGAGCCACUGGCCUGGCACCGCGGCCACACACACCAAAAGGAUGCCAUGUGGCCCUUCCAGUGCCGCUACUGCAUCAAAAGCUUUGGGCAGAACUCGGACCUCCUCCACCACGAGCGCGUGCACAUGAAGAGGCGCUCCAAGCAGGCCCUAAACUCCUACUGAGGGCUACCGCCCAGCCCCACGCUCCUGCUGCCCCCUGCGCCUGGGCCAUGUCCAGUCCCACCUGCUGCCACAGUAGCCCCACCAGUGCUUGCUCCAUCUCAGAGGCCCCUGCACACGGUUGCCCCAGCUGGCAGAGGGCUGGUCUCCAUCCUGGGACCACUGGGUCACCAACCAGUCCUCAGCACUAACAUUCCCAUCUUGCCCUGAGCACGGACCCCAGCGUCCAGGCUGGCUGCUGUCCCUGCCCAACAGGUUGGGUGGGGAGUGGACCCGGUGCACAGCACAUCCUGUCUCCAAGGCAGCUGAAAGGCGGAUGGUGGGGGUGGGGUGGGGAGCCCUAUGGUGGGAGCUCCAGGGUGCUCAGGGCUGGGAAACCGCCAUGGUCCCUUUGGAUGUGUGCGGGGGAGUGGGGCUCCCCAGGAAGGCAAAGCUCUCCUUUUUAAUUGUGUACCUGCCCCAGAAUGCCCCUUUCUCUGCCCAGAUGCCCUUGGUAAACAUUUGAGUUGGAAGCUGAGCUGUGGUUGUUUGAAAGGACUUAAAGCCCUCCUUGCCCUCCAUGUCCAGGAGCUGAGCCCCCAGUGAGGGCAUUGGCCUGGGGGUGCCUGGCCCCCAGCUGAGGCUUGUCUGAAAUCCUGCUCUGCCUGCUUCAGCAUCAUAACUCAGUGGGCUCUGCACCUUGGGUGGGUUGGUGCAGCAGGAAUGCCGGUUACAAUUCCCAAGGCUGCAGGUCUGGGGGCAACCUGUCAGCCAGGCUGGACCCUCCUGGGGGGCUGUAGGGGAGAUUCCACCCCAGCUUCCAGGGCCUUCCUGGCAGGUGAGGCUGUUCCUGGCUGUGGUGCUCUGUGAGUCUGUCUCCUGGUUUCCCUUCUCAGAGAGACGUAAGUCACUGUUCCCAUAUGAACUUGUCUAUACCGCAGUCACAGGGCACAGGUACAGUGCACACAUCUGCCCACACCUGCACUGCUGCCCUCCCUCCUGAGCCUGUUGGAGCGGGAUUCAGACUGCAGGGCCUGCCUCCUGGGCUGCUGUCCCCUGCAGGGGGCUGUGGGCCAGGCAUGGCCAGCCACAGGCAGUGAGGCUGAGCACCAGGAGCUGGUGCUGCUGCUCCGGGAGGCAGCUGUGUCAGCUCCGCUCCAGUGAGAAGGCCUGGGGGCUGUGCAGCUGAGCUGGGGUGCCAGGAUCAGCUGGGUGUUCCUGUGUCUGGCCCACCGCUGGGCAGGCUGGGUGGAGGUGCCCAGUGCUCCAUGUCACCCCGUCACUUCAAACCAAGAGGCCUCUGUCUCACACCCAAUCAGUUACAAGGCUUUGUAGCCACAGUGAGUGCUGUGUCAAUGGACCCACUGGCCUAGGAACAGGAAGCAUGGUCCAACACUGCGGUCAGACCUCAGAGAACUGGCGAGGCCCUUGGUUUCUAGUCAGCCAGGAUGGGGGCAUCGCCAUGCAGAAGAUGGGCCCUCUGUGACGUCCACUCUGUGACAUCCCGGCCAGACCCGUGUGUGCCCAGCAUGUCCUUGGCCUCAGGAAGGUCAUUUCCCCUGGGGCUGUGGACACUUGGCUGGGAGAGAAGCCCUCUGCUCUCCGGUGAGUGUCUUGCCUGCAAGUCGGGCUUUGUGAUGGACUGGAGCCCAGAGGAGGCAGUCCCAGCCCCCAGGUACUGUCAGGGCGCCCAGCUGUGAUUCACAGCCAGGUACCUAGUGGCAGGAACACCGCGGCCUGUGUCUGGAGAGCCUGCAGGGCUGGGGCAUGGCCAGGGGCUUCUCUGAGAGAAGCUGCAGCCCCACAGCCCACCAGGCCCGAGGGUGCUGGAGCAGAAGUAUCUGCCUUCCCUUGGCCACUGACAUUUCUGGCCUCAGCUGAGGUGGGUAAAAUAUACAAGGUAUUUGUGAGGCAGCUGAAGAGGUGCCUGUAGACAGAUUAUUUAGGGGCGGGGGAGGUCGCUGUGGCGUAACAAGUAAAGUCACAGCUGGCAACACCAGCAUCCACGUGGGAAACCUGGGUGCAGUUCCAUCCUCCUGGCUUUGGCCGGGCCCAGCCCUGGCUGCUGCGGCUAUUUGGGGAGUAAACCAAUGGAUGGAAGAUCUCUUUCACUCUCUCUGUAACUUUCAAGCAAAUAAAAUAAACCUAAAAAUAAAAAGCA